UAAAAAUGGAAAUUAAUGGUCAAAAAGUUAACCAAAGCAAAGAAGAAGUCCAAGAUGAAUCCCAUCAGUUUUAUCUCAAGUAUUUAGAAGAAUAUUACAAAAAUGUUCAGCUUGUCAAGCAGCUAUUGUCUGCUGUUACUGAUAACCAAAGACUUGAAGAAGAACUUAAGGAUAUCUCUGAUACUAAUGAGAGUAAUAGUGGUAAGAGGAAGAGACAUAGAAGACCAGCACAUGAAAUCAGGAGACAUCAUAAAUGACCCGCUCCUCUUUGUGGCAAAGCAUAUGGGUCAGAGGGAAGUUUGAGCCAACACCUCAAGCUUAAGCAUCGAAGCUAUUAUGAACAAUACUCUAAAUUAGUACCCUCUAGAUCUCAGACUAUGUCUGUAAGAGAGGAGAAGUCAGAUGCUUCUGCUUCUGAGAACCCAUUAUUCAUACCUAAUCGCUAA